CGAUCGAGGUCGAAUAAGAGGAAAAAAUUGUGGAUCCGACGUGCGAGGUUCUCGAUGGACCGUUUCGCGGCCGACUGAUUUUUACCUCGGGGCGUUGUACUUUCCAAUACGGAGGAAGCAUCGUCGGUUGACUUCGACUACGUCCGAAGAGAGUAUCUCGAAUCUAAAGCUCGUUCUAUCGCUUCGGGGUUAUCGCGUUCGUAAACUCUCAUCUCGUCUGGUGUACGUGGAGCCGGGACGUACGCCCACGGCGGGCAUGUCGUAGGCAUUUGCAAUUACAUUUCCCGGAGGAAACGUCGUUCGAAAUUUACCUCCGACCCCCACGGCGUUGAAAUUUAAACGUAAAUAAAUAAGUGAUCGUUCCGAUGAAUCCGCGCCGUUCGACGUCGAGUGCAACGAGAGCGCAGAGGAACUGCAUGGGCCGUUAUCCGAUGCAACGGACGGUCGGGUAAAGUCGAAAUCGAAGAGUAACCGAACUCGAGGUCGAAAUGAUUCCUAGAUACGAUGUGGGUAGUGCCGUGUCUUUGCAGAGGGUUCCCCUUCAGGUGCCGCCCAGGAGGAAAUCGACCGUCGUCUCCCCGUCGGCGGCACAAAAAUUGGGAAACGACGCGAUGGAUAUCCCGGGGGUUCAGAGCCCGAAUUCCACCAUAACGAGCGUGAACAGCAUCAGCAGUCUUCUGAAAGAAAAGCUCCAACUGUCGAUCCCUCAAGCCCUCCGCAGCAGCAAAAAGCGUCAGAAAGCCGAUUACAGACUCAGAGCUUUCGUGGGAAUGCUCUUUCUCUGCGUUGUCUUCCUCGUGGGAUUCGCUCAUAUCUAUUACACCCAGCACGUUCUCCAGAGAGCCUAUUUCGACAAGUUCAGGUUUAACAAAAACGAGAGGGUGAUGCGAGUGUACAGCAGCACGGGCGCCGAGAUCGUAGCCGCUCGUUUGGGGGAAGGAAUUCCCACCGAAACGGGAGUGUUUCCGUGUCUCCCGCACCACCAGCGAGCGGGCUCGGUGUGCUUGGAGUGGCUGCAGCAAACCCGCCUCUACCUGGCCCAUUCCGAGCGAGGAGACAUGCACUGCUACCACAUCACUUGGCAGAGCUUGAGUCCGUACUACGAUCCCAAGGACUGCUUCGACUGGUCCCCGAAGAGGGGCCACUGGUACGGAGCCGGCCAGAUCCAAAACAUGGCCUACCCCCUGGAACAGGGUAAACUGGAUCCGAGCCCGUUCGUCACGGGAGACAUCAGGAAGCACCCCUUCGGCAACGUGCUCAAAAGAUACUUCCUCAACUCCAAGGGAGCUACCGUAAUGGUGGAUCCGGAGACUCCUCUCUACGUCUCCAUAAACGCGAACCGGACGAAGGACUUUUGCCUGCAGGCAAAGCACGACGCCUUCGCCUACAUCAACCACCUGACUCCCUUUCCUCGGCUGAAUUACACGAUAUGCGCGACCGACAACAUAAAGAGUCUGCACUCGACCAUCGCCGAGAAGUCCCUCUGGGACGGCUUGAAGCCGGACGAGUUGAAUGCCGUUCAUUCGCUCCUGACGGAGCCAGUGUGGCAGAUAUCGCCGACCAACGAGGCGGCCAUCUACAACUACACCGAGGACGUAAUCGCCCUGGGAUUUCUUCGGCAAGGACACGUCUUGCUGAGCGAGGAGUGGCAACCCAGUCCGGGCGACUUCGUCCUCGACGAGUCCCGCUUCCCCUCCAUGGAGGAGACGAUCAACAUCAUACACAGGAGAGGCUUCAGGAUCGUCUUCACCAUCCAGCCCUUCAUCUCCACCGAGUCCGUCAACUUCAGGGAUGCCGUGGCGAACAGGCUUCUCAUCUCGGAACGGGGCAGCGAUCCCCGGAUACCGGCACUGACGAGGUACAAGCAGAGCAACAGCGCCGGGGUCUUGGACAUCACGAACAACAAGACCAUGCCCUGGCUGCAGAGCAAGCUGGAGAGCCUGGUGACCAAGUAUCACGUCGACUCGUUUUACCUGGAUCUGGGCACCGGCCACGACAUGCCCCAUUAUUACAAGUGCGAGAAGCCCCUGAUCAAUCCGGACCACUACAAGACGCUCUUCACCAAGUCGAUUCUGGGCUCGAUUUCGGUGAUCGGCGUCUCCGGAGCCAUCGUCCGACCCAAGGCUCCGGUCUUCGUGUCCCUGCCUCCAUUCCCCUCCUCCUGGAAGGCGAUCAAGACGGUCAUCCCGACGGUCCUCAGUUACGGGAUGAUAGGGUAUCCCUUCAUAAUGCCGGGGGCAGUGGGAGGCGACGUGGCGCUGCCGAUGUCCGAUAAUAACCCGGACAACGAUUACGAGGUCAAUCUCCCCGAUAAAGAACUUUACGCCAGAUGGUUACAGCUCUCCACGUUUUUACCCGUUAUCAGAUUUACGCAUCUGCCCAGCAAGUACUCGGACGAAUCCAUCGUCGAGAUGGCGAAGCGGCUGACCACUCUGCGGCAGAAGACCGUGACUCCGUUGCUGAAGAAGUACGCGAACGAGACUCUGGACUCGGGACUGCCGAUCGUCAGACCCCUGUGGAUGCUGGACCCGGCCGAUCCCGCCUGCCACGUCGUCGUCGACGAGUUCUCGGUCGGCGAGGAGCUGAUCGUCGCUCCGAUUCUUUACUCGGGAAGCAGGCAGAGGGAGGUCUACCUUCCCGCCGGAGUCUGGAGGGACGGGAUCGACGGCAGUCUCAGGAAAGGCUCCAGGUGGAUCCAUAAUUACAGAGUGGCCGAGGACAAGGUGGCUUACUUCGUCAAGAUGCCCGACAACACGAGGUUUUAGAGCUUCGAAAGAGUCACUCGUCCGAGUGACCGCGGGGAGCCUCUAGGAAGAAUUAGAAAAUGCCCACGCGGACGUUCUAGGUUAAAUAAAUUAACUCGGGUACAAGUUAAAAUGUUUAUCAUAAACCAAAGCUUACGUUCUAUUGUAUCAUUACAUAACAAUAUUUGCACCUGAGAGCUAGAUUACCUCCAAGUGUUACACCGGUUUGUUAUGCGCUUCGUGCUAAAAGUAAACCGUCCUUACCGUAACUGCAAAAGAGUGCUUAUGGGUGCUCUUUGUCGUUCAUCGUAAAGGUUCGACGUUUCUUCUAUCGCAUCAUAGCCUCGGCGUUAUAAAACAAAUAGUUUUACGACGUUCACCCGAAACGUUUCACGCUACGCAAUAAAUAGAAAUUCAAUAGA